GCCUCUAGGAGAGGAAAGGAGUGGGGCCUUGAGCUCCGCGUCCGGGCGCCUCGGUCCGCAGCGCCUUCGGCUCCCAGAGGCAGAGCCGGAAGCACUACAGUUUGACUCGCGAGUCCACCUGUUUUCGAAGGGGCAGCCCUCUUCCUCCCGACCCUCUCCGCCUCCCUUUCUGCCUCUUCAUCCGGAGGCCGAAGCCCCCAGCCUGGGCGGGACGGCGCGGCCCGAGCUCCCGGACCCGGAAGAAGCGCCAUCUCCCGCCUCCGCCAUGGAGCCCACCGCGCCGUCCCUCACCGAGGAGGACCUGACUGAAGUGAAGAAGGACGCUUUAGAAAAUUUGCGUGUAUACCUGUGUGAAAAAAUCAUAGCUGAGAGACAUUUUGAUCAUCUACGUGCAAAAAAAAUACUCAGUAGAGAAGACACUGAAGAAAUUUCUUGCCGAACGUCAAGUAGAAAAAGGGCUGGAAAAUUGUUAGAUUACUUACAAGAAAACCCCAAAGGACUAGAUACCCUGGUUGAAUCUAUUCGACGAGAAAAAACACAGAACUUCCUGAUACAGAAGAUUACAGAUGAAGUGCUGAAACUUAGAAAUAUAAAACUAGAACAUCUAAAAGGACUUAGUAGCAGCUGUGAGCCUUUUCCAGAUGGAGCCACGAACAACCUCUCUAGAUCAAAUUCGGAUGAGAGUAAUUUCUCUGAAAAACUGAGAGCAUCCACUGUCAUAUACCAUCCAGAAGGAGAAUCCAGCACAGCCCCGUUUUUUUCUACUGAUUCUUCUCUGAAUUUGCCUGUUCUAGAAGUAGGCAGAACUGAAAAUCCCACCUUUUCUUCAACUACGCUUCCUAGACCUGGGGACCCUGGGGCUCCUCCUUUGCCACCAGAACUGCAGUUAGAAGAAGAAGGAACUUGUGGAAACUCCAGUGAGAUGUUUCUUCCCUUAAGAAGAGAAACAAUCUUAGGAUAAAGUAUAUGGCUCAAAAUCACACAGCUCAGACUUCCCUGGUGGUGCAAUGGUUAAGAAUCUGCCUGCCAAUGCAGAUUCGAGGUUUGAGCCCUGGUCCAGGAAGACCUCACAUGCCGCAGAGCAACUAAGCUUGUGCACCACAACUACUGAGCCUGCACCCUAGAGCCCGUGAGCCACAACUAUUGAGCCUAUGUGCCACAACUACUGAAGCCCAAGAACCUAGAGCCUGUGUUCCACAAGAGAAGCCACCGCAGUGAGAAGCCUGCGCACCACAACAAAGAGUAACCCCCAUUCUCUGCAACUAGAGAAAGCCUGCACACAGCAACGAAGACCCAACGCAGCCAAUAAAUAAAUUAAAAAUUUUAAAUAUAUAUACAUAAAAAAAACACACAGCUCUUUAGAAUUAAAAUCUAGGGCUAUUUGACUGCAAGAUCAGUGUUCUUUCUACAAUUCCAUUCUCUCUUAUUAACCUUUCCUAGAUGGCAGAAAGGUAAGAGUAGAGAUAGUGUAAUUUUUCAGUCAUUAAUUCAAUAAUUGCUUAUUGAGUACCUAACAUUCUCGAUGCUGGAGAUACAGCGAUGAACAAAACAGACAAAGUCUGUGUUCUUAUAAAGAAUUCACAUCCUAGUUGGGGAGAUAGAAAAUAAACAGGAAACGCAAUAAUACUAGUUGCCAUGGAUACAAAAUGGGGCAUGCAUGAGCUAAAAAGUAACUUGGACCACAGUAUUUAUAGCAUUAUGAGGGAACUCCUCAAAGCAGGCAACAUUUGAGCUGAGACCUAAAUCAUAAGAAGGAAGGAGCCAGCUUUGUGAAGUUCUAGGAGGAACUUUAGGCAAAAGUAACAUUGAUUACAAAAGUCCUGAGGCAAGAAUGAGCUAGUGAGGACCACAUAGGUCUGUGUACCUAGAAUGUAAGUAUGAGGGAUGACUAGCGAACUCAGGAGCCUGGAUUGAGAUGAGGUUUCACAGAUAGAAUCAGAUAUGGAAGGAUUUACAAACCACUGUGAGAAGUUUGGAUUUGCUUCUUUCUUUCUUGUAUACUGAAAUAAAAGAGCUGUAUUAGGGACUAGUAUAUAACAUUUGCAUACAUUUUCAAGGUAUUAUAGUAUUUUCCAAGAAAAUGUUAUGCUUAUGGGGCAUUGGGCCCUACUGUAUCAGCUUGUCCUCUGGAGGGGUGGAGACUAUGUCCACAUGACCAAUCCCCAAUAAAAACUCUAGACACCAAGGCUCCGGUGAGCCUCCCAUGUUGGCUCCAUGCAUAUUGUCACAUAACUUUGCCACAGAAGUUACUACUGUCUACAUCUCCACUGGGAGAAGACAACCGGAAGCUCUGCAUGUGGAAGGCUCCAGCACUCUGCCCCCUGCACCUCUUCCCUUGGCUGAUUUUAAUCUGUAUCCUUUAGCUAUAAUAAACCAUAAUCAUGAGUA